GCCCGCUCCCUUAGCCCUGCCGGCAGCGCGGCGGCUGGCGGGGCCCACCGGGAAGUUUGAUGGCUUCUUUGCGGAGAGUCAAAGUGCUGCUGGUGUUAAACCUGAUCGCCGUGGCUGGCUUCGUCCUCUUCCUGGCCAAGUGCAGACCCAUCACGACCAAGAGCGGCGACUCCUUCCAUGACAUCCAUCCCAGGGCAGAAGUGGCCAACUUGACAGCCCACGGCAUCAGCUCCAUCCAGGAUGCAGUGCUGAAGAGGCUCUCGCUCCUAGAAGACAUAGUCUACAGGCAGCUGAAUGGUCUGUCCAAGUCCCUUGGUCUCAUUGAGGGCUAUGGUGGCCGUGGCAAGGGUGGCCUCCCAGCCACCCUGUCCCCUGAGGAGGAGGAGAAAGCCAAGGGACCCCAUGAGAAGUAUGGCUACAACUCCUACCUCAGUGAGAAGAUCUCCCUGGACCGUUCCAUCCCGGAUUAUCGCCCAACCAAGUGCAAGGAGCUGAAGUACGGGAAGGACCUGCCGCAGAUCUCCAUCAUCUUCAUCUUUGUGAACGAGGCGCUGUCGGUGAUCCUGCGCUCGGUGCACAGCGCUGUCAACCACACCCCCGCCCCCCUGCUCAAGGAGAUCAUCCUGGUGGACGACAACAGUGAUGAGGAGGAGCUGAAGGCGCCGCUGGAGGAGUACGUCAACAAGCGCUACCCGGGGCUGGUGAAGGUGGUGAGGAACCAGAAGAGGGAGGGGCUGAUCCGGGCCCGCAUCGAGGGCUGGAAAGCUGCCACUGGCCAGGUCACCGGCUUCUUCGAUGCCCACGUGGAGUUCACUGCUGGCUGGGCAGAGCCCGUGCUCUCCCGGAUCCAGGAGAACAGGAAGAGGGUGAUCCUGCCCUCCAUCGACAACAUCAAGCAGGACAACUUCGAGGUGCAGCGCUACGAGAACUCGGCCCACGGCUACAGCUGGGAGCUGUGGUGCAUGUACAUCAGCCCCCCCAAGGACUGGUGGGACGCCGGGGACCCCUCCCUGCCCAUCAGGACCCCUGCCAUGAUCGGCUGCUCCUUCGUGGUAAACAGGAAAUUCUUUGGGGAGAUUGGGCUGCUGGACCCCGGCAUGGACGUGUAUGGAGGGGAGAACAUCGAGCUGGGCAUCAAGGUGUGGCUGUGCGGGGGCAGCAUGGAGGUGCUGCCCUGCUCGCGGGUGGCGCACAUCGAGCGCAAGAAGAAGCCCUACAACAACAACAUCGGCUUCUACACCAAGCGCAACGCGCUGCGCGUGGCCGAGGUCUGGAUGGACGACUACAAGUGGCACGUCUACAUCGCCUGGAACCUGCCCCUGGAGAAUCCAGGGAUUGACAUUGGGGAUGUGUCUGAGAGGAAAGCCUUGAGGAAGAGCCUGAAGUGUAAAAAUUUCCAGUGGUACCUGGACCAUGUUUAUCCAGAAAUGAGGAGAUACAACAACACCAUUGCUUAUGGAGAGCUGCGGAACAACAAGGCCAAGGACGUGUGUCUGGACCAGGGCCCCCAGGAGAACCACACAGCAAUUCUGUACCCGUGCCAUGGCUGGGGCCCACAGCUGGCCCGCUACACCAAGGAGGGUUUCCUGCACCUGGGGGCCCUGGGCACCACCACGCUGCUGCCCGACACGCGCUGCCUGGUGGACACGGGCAAGAGCCGCUUCCCGCAGCUGCUGGACUGCGACAAGGUCAAGAGCAGCCUGCACAAGCGCUGGAACUUCAUCCAGAACGGAGCCAUCCUGAACAAGGGGACGGGCCGGUGCCUGGAGGUGGAGAACAGGGGCAUGGCUGGCAUCGACCUGAUCCUUCGCAGCUGCACAGGGCAGAGGUGGACAAUUAAAAACUUCAUCAAGUAGAGGCUGAAAGAGUCAGGGGAGUCUGACUGGAGCCACGGCCGACGAGGACUGAUCCGCCUGGACUGCUUUGGAAAGGAUGGAAUAUCAACCAGAGCUUUAGUCGUGUUCCUAGGAGAGGACCUGGGGCAGAUGGGCAUUUGUGGCUUUAUUUUUACCAUUUGUGAGUCUCCCCCAGCUGCUGCCAGCUGUGUGGAGCUGGCUCAGAACUGCUGUUCCCUCUGGCCAGCACUCCAAGAGGUGCCACCUUCCCUGCUGGGGCAGUCUGGGAGCAUUUACUGACAGGGAAUUUCUGCUUUCCCACACAACUCCAAGCUCUCCCAAAGGGCUGGGGAGGUUUGCACCAUGACCCUGGACAGACCUGCCUGGCAAGUGUGGAAACUGAGGAGCUUGGGAGAGGAAAAAGUUUCCAAGCCCCAAAGGAGCUGAGUUUGAAGGAUGUGGUGUUUUGCUGGGUCUUUGUUCCCUUUUUCCUUUCCUGCCUCUGCAUCCAGCAGCCCUCUCCCUGAGUUUUGGAGAAGCAAAAGGCCCCAGCAGCUCCCAGGAAUCUUUCCAACCCUUAAUCACAGAAGCUAC